AUGAAGCUCAGAAUUUCUCUCGUUUCAGUCUCUCUACUCGUUGCUCUUGUUUCUGCCGAGCAAACCGUACUUGGCUCUGAACUGCCCCUCACGCACGCGCAUACGACAAGCGCAGAUUCAUCUCCGUCAUGGACCGUGUUCAAUAAGACUAUCAAGCGCGUCGCUGUCAUCGGUGCAGGACCGGCUGGUCUCCAAGCCGCGGCCGAACUGAAGGAGCAUAACUUCGAAGUUCGACUAUUUGAGCGUGCUCCAGGCCCUGGAGGAAACUGGCGUUACUCGGACGAUAUUCCUGCUCGAGAGUCCUAUCCUGAUCAGCCUCUUGGUCAGAAGCGAUGGGUUCCUCAGGAAAUCCCUCAUGUCGAAUACUACACUGAAGACCAAAAUGGGGUUAGCCUUGACGAACGCUGGCGGGAGCACUGGGACCCGCGUCCCGUCUGGUACAAUCUUCAUACCAACUCCCCGACCAGCAUUACGGACCUUCCAGGAGUACCUUUCGCUCCCGGCACACCCUGGUCUCCCAGUCAGCAUGACGUCGGAGCUCAUGUACGGGCAUAUGCAUCUCUCCAUGGCUUAAAUGUAGAUGAUGAUCCCGCCGUCGUCUCGUAUGCUACUCGAGUCGAGCGCCUCACCAAGUCACCCGACGGCACGUCGUGGACGCUCACUUUGAAGCGCCUCCAACGUCUCGAAGAGAGCAACAGACUCAAAGCCACGUGGUGGACCGAGGAUUUUGACGCUGUUGUCGUCGCGCUCGGUUUGUCUAGUGAUGGUGUGCACGUUCCCGAUCUCCCGGGCAUCGUCGAGUGGAGCAAAGUUCGCGCCGUAGACGAUCCCUCGCGGUACAGCAUAUACCAUUCGAGAGCCUACAGACGUCCAGAGCGAUAUGCUAACAAGACGGUCCUCGUUGUCGGACCAAGUGUUUCUGGAUCGGAAAUUUCUCGUGACAUAUCACCAUACGUCGAAAAACUGUACGUGAGCACGAAGGUGUACGAUUGGAACACCUUGCACCCUUUCCAACGUCGUUCUUUCCGUCGUUUCCCUCAAAAUGCAGAGCUCAUCCCAGAGAUCAAGUUGUUCGGACCACUAGAGACAUACGACCAGGGUAUCAAGGACGGCAAGAUCGAACUUAUCAAUGGAACUAUCAUCCUCGCCACAGGAUAUCAGAAGACCAACCAAUUCCUGGCACAAGUCUUGAACGACACUCGCAAGGCGGACGGUCAUCGUCCCCUGCGGCAUGUCCAUUGGACAGGAAACUAUAUCCCGGACCCUACUCUUGCCUUCACCAACUGCCGUCCAUGGAGUACUGUCAGGUAUCAGGUUUAUGGGCUGGCCAAGAUCUGGGAGGGUACUGCUCGCCUUCCCAACGAGGAAGAGCUGUGGCGGCAAUAUGACUCCGAGCGAUGGACAAACUUCUGGUAUUUCUGGGGAACACACCAGUCGGAAGCUCUUCUCCGUCAAUGGGUAACUUGGCUCAACAACGAGUCACUCAAAUUCGGAGGUCGUCUGGUGGAUCAGUUCCCACUCGAACGUCGCGAGGAGUUCGCCUACUAUAUGACCCUGGAUGUUCAGGAGCCCUACCUCACGCUGGAAAACUUCACGAGCUUCGAGAAAAUUCCGGCGUCGGAAUGGGGCAAAGACCAACUCUGGGAGAAGGGACAGUUAGACGACGACCUCUGGGAUUCCUCCGCUAUGGAAUACGGUCUCUGGUGAUGAAUGUUAGGAAUGGAAGCAAAACCUGGAUCUGGCAUAUCCGGGUCUUUAUGUCGUUCACGGUAAGUAUAGAUCUUUACGCUCGAAUCUUUUUUCUUUGCCCUCUCUGCAUGGUGCCUG